ACAGGCGCUAGUCUGUCCUUUCUGACUUUCCGUUACACUGAGCCGGUUUCAAGUUUCAGCUCCUCCUUGAAUUCCAGCCUGUUGAGACGACACUCUGGAAUCAUCCAAAAUGGAGCCUCUCACAGCCUACCCUUUAAGAUGUUCAGGGCCCAAAGCAAAGGUAUUUGCAGUUUUGCUGUCUAUGGUUCUCUGUACAGUAAUGCUAUUUCUUCUACAACUAAAAUUCCUAAAACCUAAAAUCAACAGCUUUUAUAACUUUGAAGUGAAAGAUGCAAAAGGAAGAACGGUUUCUCUGGAAAAGUUUAAAGGCAAAGUUGCACUAGUUGUAAACGUGGCUAGUGACUGCCAACUCACAGACAGAAAUUACUUAGCACUGCAGGAACUGCACAAAGAGUUUGGACCAUUCCACUUCAGCGUCUUGGCUUUUCCAUGCAAUCAGUUUGGAGAAUCGGAGCCCCGCCCAAGCAAGGAAGUAUUAUCUUUUGCAAGAAAUAACUACGGAGUAACAUUCCCCAUCUUCCACAAGAUUAAGAUUCUAGGAUCUGAAGCAGAACCUGCAUUUAGAUUUCUUGUUGAUUCUUCAAAGAAGGAACCAAGGUGGAAUUUCUGGAAGUAUCUGGUCAACCCUGAGGGUCAAGUUGUGAAGUACUGGAGACCAGAGGAACCCAUUGAAGUCAUCAGGCCUGAAAUAGCAGCUCUAAUUAGACAAAUGAUCAUAAAAAAGAAAGAGGAUCUAUGAAAAUGCCAUCAAGCCAUUCCAAGGCAAUAGUUAGAAUACAGAAAUCUCUCCAUGAGGGUUUGGUCCCAUUUUAAAUAGUCUGACAAUUUCAUGUGGCCCUGAGGGAUGAUUUUCCUUUUAUGUUAUCUUGCCAGUGAAUAGUAAUAAAUGUCCCCAAAUAGAGGUGCUACCCAAAGCAAAAAUAAAAAGUAGCCAAAGACUCUAAAUGAAAACCUGACCAGACUAAAUAAUUCAGAACACAGACACCAAUAUGUUUCAAUAGUCUAUUGUUUGACUUGACAUUUUCUAGGAUUGUACUUGAUGGAAAGGCCAACACACUAGACCACUGAAUUCAAGACAUUGCGUGAAAUUUCCAGAGUAAAUGACUAUUUUUAUGUAAUAAAAGAAAGUAAACAUUGAAAAAUGUGAAA